AUGCAUUUUCUUUUAAUUUUGCUUGCAUUCUUUUUUAUUUUCCUUUUUUUCUUUUUCAUUUCUUUUAUAUUUUAUUUUUCAUUUGAUCCUUUAUUUCUUUUUGUAUUUUCUUUUUCUUUACUCUUAUUUUCUUUACUCUUUCUUUCUGUUUUUUUUUUUUAUUCCUUUAAUAUUUUUUCUAUAUUUUUUCAACUUCCUUCAACAAUUAUUUUUCUUUUUUUCGUCUUUUAUUAUUUUCCUUCUUUAUUUUUUUUCUCCUUUUGUUUGCUAUUUCAUUCGGUUGUUUUUUUUUCAUCUCCAUUUUUCUUUCUUUACGUCAACAUUAUUCUUUCUUCAUGCAUCUCUUUUUCUUUAGCUCUUUCUUUUUUUAUUAUUCAUUCAUUUGUUUUUCAUUUCCAUUUUUCACAUUAUUUCUUCUUUAUUUAUUUCUUUCUUUUUGCUUUCUUUCUUCCUUCCUCUAUGAAUAAUUCAUUCCUUACACAUCUUUCUUCAUUCACAAUUUCCCAUUAUUUUCUUUAUGUCACAUUACCUGACUCCCUUUAUAUUUCUUAUUUAUUAUCAUUUCAUUUUUCUCUAAAUUCCUUCCUCUUAGUCACUACUUGA